CUUAAACUUCAAUAAAAUGAAAAUGCUAAUUAAAUUGCUCAUAAUAACGAUGUGCUUCAUUUUAAUGAGCCUGCAAAGCGCCAGCACAACUCCACAUCGUCAUCAUAAUCACGAUCACCAACAUGAUCACAAUCACCACCAUAAUCACGAUCACAAACAUGAUCACAGUCACAAUAGCAGGAAUAUUGCAAAUAAUGAAGCGGAUGACGAAAAUACAGACAUCAAUGAAACGCUUGAAGACGAGUUUGAAUCAGAUAAAUUCUGUGAGUGGGAUAAGUGUGAUAAAGAUAAGGACUUAAGGGAACCAAGAGGUUUUAGUAAAUAUCUGGACCUUCAAUUCUUGAAAAAAUUAGUCAAAAACUUAAAUCCAUUCUCAAAGGGAGAUAUGCAGAUGAGAUAUUUUCUGUUUAAAAAAGAUUUUUCCGAAUGUGGUCACGAGAUUUUCUUAGGUGACAACAGUAUAUUCACAUCGGGACUGAAUGCAACCCAUCCAACAAGAAUUGUUGUACAUGGUUGGAUGAGUGGUACGCGCGGAUCCUUUAAUCGUGAUGUUAAAAACGCUUACCUCAGUCGCGGUGAUUAUAACGUUAUUGUUGCGGAUUGGAGUGCAAGCGCUACAAAUUUAAAUUAUUUCUCAGUGGUUAAAAUGAUUGAGGGUUUCGGUGAACAGUUAGCCAAAUUUACUACAUAUUUACACGACAGCAUGCAAGUCAAUUAUGAUGACAUAUACGUUAUCGGUCAUUCAUUGGGCGCACAAAUUGCUGGUGCAGCUGGAAAACGUCUUAAGCCUGCGCAGUAUAAUACAAUAUUUGCGCUGGACCCCGCUGGACCCAAAUUUAGAAAACGUAGCAUUGAAUGUCGUAUUGAUCCUACUGAUGCCAAAUAUGUUGAGUCUAUGCAAACAAGUGCUAAUUUGGGCUUUUUAGAGCCAACUGGCAGUGCCACAUUCUAUCCAAAUUAUGGUUAUUAUCAGCGUAAAUGUUAUUAUCUGGGCUGUUCACAUAUACGUGCUUAUAAAAUGUUUGCCGAAUCCAUUGUGUCCAAAAUUGGUUUCUGGGGUACGCGGUGCCAGCGUUCCAACAAGGACUUCGAAUGUAGUGAACAGCCAAAUGAUUUCUUUCGAAUGGGAGGAGAACCUUCAGUACCAAAGGCUGGUAUAUUUUAUGUUAAGACGGGCACAAGUGAGCCUUUUGCUUUAGGUCGUAAUAUUACUGUUUAAGCAAAUAUAAAUAAGAUUGGAUAUAGAGAGGAUUAAAUUUAGAUAUUUCAUAUAUGUAUAUUCGUUGUAAGCAAAACCCACCAAA